AAUUAUAGAAUAAUUCCAAUACUUUCACCUUAUAUAAACUGAAUUGGUUAAUUUCAUAUCAUAAUUGUUACAAGAAAGAAUAUAGCCUAAAAUCAUAUUACUCAAUAUACGCGGGAAAUAUAAUUAUCAUGAAGAAAAGGAAAACAAGACGUCAACUUCUGGCUGAAAAAGAAGCUAUUGCUAAAAGCUUAGUUGAUAAAGCAAACUCCGUGAAAAAUCCCUUAGAGCCCUUAAAUUUCUUUCAUAAAUAUAUGACAAAGGAUAAUCAAACUAUUGAACUCUCUUGCAUGAAAGCCAUAGAUGCACAACCUAAAUGUAUUCUUUGGAUUUUUGAUAUUAUGGAACGUAAUAUGAAAUCUCUGUAUGAACAAAGUGAUUGGGGUUGGGAUUCAGUCGCCAAACAAAAACAAUUAACAGAGCCAACAGCUUGGUAUUUAGUAGCAACUUCCGAUGAGAAAUUUGUAGGAUUUUCCCAUUUUCGUUUUGAUAUAGAUUAUAGGGAAGAAGUACUGUAUUGUUAUGAAAUGCAGUUGGAAUCUACAAUACGACGAAAAGGACUUGGCCAUUUUAUGAUGUCUGCUCUUGAAGCUAUGGCAUCAGAAAACAAGAUGCGUAAAGUAGUUCUGACUGUACUUAAACUUAACCCAUCAGCUAUGCAGUUUUUCUAUUCCCUCGGCUACAAGAUGGAUAAAACCAGUCCACCAGCAUCUGAUCAAUUGGACUAUAUCAUUUUGAGUAAGGCCGUUGAUAGUGGAACAAUGAGCAGAAAUCUUAAUUCUUUUCAAUGAGUCUAAGUGAUCAUUAAAUUUUACGUUUAAGAUUGUGUCUUGUGAAAUAAGAUUGGUAAUAUUUGGUGUGGACAUAAAUUAACAAUAGGCGAUUUCAACGAUGGUCCUACAUUAUGGAAUGUAAGUGGAGCUUUACUAAUAACCCAAUCAUCUAUAUAAUUAAGAAACUUUGUUAAAUCAACUUCUACGGAUUCGGAAACAUUAAAAUAACGCAAAUAAGAAUUAUCAUUCCAACACA